UUCCCUGCCCCCGGACGCCCCGGGUCCUCCCACGUUCCUGUCGCGCAGCGCGCGGACCCUGCGGACGUCCAGGGGCCCUGCGGCGCACUUCCCCACCUGCAGCUCCCCAGCUUGGCGUCCCGGGGUCGGCUCCUCCCUCCGCGCUCUCCUCUCGGUUCCCCGGAGUCUUGUCACUUCCACUUCGUGCUCGCCGCAACUUCUCGCCCCGCAUCCCUACACUCCUUCCAGGAUCAUCCUGGUCGCCUCCGUGCCUUGGCGGGUGGGCUGACCAGAAGAUCCUGACUGGGCCUCCUACAAGCUGGGCAUCUUCAUCUGUCUGAAUUGCUCCGGCGUCCACCGCAACUUCCCAGACAUCAGCAGAGUUAAAUCCGUGAGACUUGACUUCUGGGAUGACAGUACCGUGGAGUUUAUGACCCACAACGGGAACCUCCGUGUGAAGGCCAAGUAUGAAGCCAGAGUCCCUGCUUUCUACUAUAUCCCCCAGGCCAACGACUGUCUGGUCUUAAAGGAACAGUGGAUUCGAGCUAAGUAUGAAAGACAGGAAUUCAUGGCCGAUGGGAAAACCAUCUCACCCCCAGGUAACCGAGAAGGGUUCUUAUGGAAGCGGGGAAGAGACAACGCACAGUUCCUGAGAAGGAAGUUUGUUCUCCUGUCAAGAGAAGGCCUCCUGAAAUACUAUACUAAAGAAGAGGGUAAAGGCCCCAAAGCUGUCAUCAGCAUCAGAGACUUGAAUGCCACCUUUGAAACAGAGAAGAUAGGGAACCCCCACGGGCUGCAGAUCACCUACAGGAGAGAGGGCCACAUCAGGAACCUGUUCGUGUACCACGAAAGUGGGAAGGAGAUAGUGGACUGGUUCAAUGCCCUCCGUGCAGCCCGUCUGCAGUACCUAAAAACGGCCUUUCCUGAGCUCCCAGAGUCUGAGCUCGUGCCCCUCAUCACCAGGAACUACCUCAAACAAGGCUUCAUGGAAAAGACGGGCCCAAAGCAGAGAGAACCUUUCAAAAAAAGGUGGUUCGCCCUGGAUCCCCAGGAGCGGAGGCUGCUCUAUUACAAGAACCCACUGGAUGCCUUUGAACAGGGCCAGGUUUUUCUUGGGAGCAACGAGCAGGGGUAUGAUGUAUAUGAAGAUCUGCCCAAGGGCAUCCGAGGGAACCGCUGGAAAGCUGGCCUCACCAUCAUCACCCCUGAGCGGAGGUUCGUCUUCACCUGCCCCAGCGAGAAGGAGCAGCGGGAAUGGCUGGAGAGCUUUCAGGAUGUCCUCUCCCGCCCCCUGACGCCCCUCAACCUCCUCGUGGGACUGCAUUGCCGUGGUUAUUGGCUCAGCUCUCUCCUUGUUCCUCUGGCAGCUGCGUCAACAGAGGGCAGCCACGGCCGCAGGUGACCCAUCAGCUGAGGAGCUGGCCACUGGUCACCCGGAGCUUGUGGUGGGAAGGACAAGUCCUCACCUUGGCCUUGGUUGCCCAGCUGGAGGGCCCCAUAGGCAACAGCCAUCGCCGGCCAUGAACUCUGCCAAGACUGAAGCUUUGGCCUUGACCUGUUGGCUCCCCAGGCCUUCCCACUGCCCAGCCCUGGGGGUCUUGGGGCUCUGGCACAUGUCCUCAAGGCCCAGGACAUCUGAAAUGAAGGCACCGCAAUGGAAAGCCACCCACCGUGUCAUGCAAGUGGCAUUUUUGCUCAAAGAGAAAAAAAGUUUAAUCUGGAUCUAACCAUGAGGAACUAAUCAGACAGAUUCACAUUAGAGACAUUCUCUGAAACAGCUGGCCUGGACUCUUCAAAAGUGUCAGUAUCAUGAAAGAUAAAGUAGUGAGGAAAGGGUUCUAGAUUUAAAAAGACUAAGGAGGCAAGAAAAUGCAAUUCAUGAUUCUUGACUGGAUCCUGGAUUUUUAUGAUUAAUUUUUUUAAAGAUUUUUAUUUGUAAGUAAUCUCUACACCCAACGUGGGGUUCAACCUUACAACCCCGAGAUCAGGAGUCGCACACUCUCCUGACUGAGCCAGCCAGGCUCCCCUGGAUCCUGGAUUUUUACAAAGCAGCUAUAAAAGACAUAAUAGAGAUAACUGGGGAAGUUUGAACAUGGAUGUAUACUAGCCAAGAGUGUUGUAAAACUGAUAAUUAUGUUGUAUUUGUGUAGAUUGUUCUUGUUCUUCAGGGAUACGUGCCGAAGUGUUCAGGGAUAAAGUGUAAUAAUUUUUA